CAAUGCGACAGAGUAUUGUCAACAAAUGGUUAUGUUACGCUCGGGUGUACACAAGCGAGUGUGAAAUAUUCCUGAUCGACAAUGAGCCUUGUAGCUUACGAUAGUAGUGAUGAGAACUCAGAAAAUGAAGAGAGCGAGGUCGGAGAGUCAAAUAUCGUGAAUGAUACGGAUAACGAUACGACCGAAGCAGUAACCGUACAAAUAAGCACGAAAUUAUCCUUACCUGCUCCGAAAGUAGUUUCACAUAGUACAAAUGAUGAGGAAGAGAACGAUGAUGCGGAUCAUAACUUACAACAACUUCUUAAUACCUUGCCAAAACCCAGAGAUUCCACUUCUAUAGGAAAAGUUGAGGAAGUCGAUGACGAUAUUUUAUUGAAAAAAGAAACGGAAAAUCAAGUCCUGAAACCAGCAAAGAAGCAGAUAGUAAAAAUAUCAGUGCCUUCCUUAUUGGAGUUUAAGGAUCUUGAAGAGGAGAAUGAGGACAAGCCAGCCAAAGUCAUACAACUAUCACAAAAGGGCUGUGGACUGUUCUCCCUCUUGACAGCGCCAAAAGGAAAGCCAGCAAGCAAUAAGACUUUAAUACCUCAGGUUGUUAAAAAUACAGUAGUAAAAGCCAAUAUACAGCAGCCAAACACAAAGAAAUCCAGUUCUAAUCAAAACAAUUUUAAAGUAAAAAAGCCAACCUCAGAUAAAUCACAUAAUGAAUCGAGCUCGGAUGAAGAAGAUGCAACAAUAGAUUUCUUUGGGCUGGCCACAAGUGAAGAUCUGCCAGACAAUUCCACAGGUGAUAAUCCAACAGAAUUACUAGAUUCAACAUUGUCUUCGGAUGAUCUUUUACAUAAAUCAAAUACUAAAGUUUCACUCACAAAACAUACAGAAGAUCAUACAAUACACAGCUCUUCUUCUAUCAAUUCUGAUGCUUCAGUGAAUGGCCACUCGAGUAAAACAUUAACAAGUAAUGUUAUAAAUUUACCAAAAGAAGAGAUUUUAUUGAAAAAUAAAGCAGAGGUUGGUCCAAAGUUACCUAUCCCUGAACAAGAAUACAACGUCGACUUAGAAGGUAAUGUUGCUUUUGAUGAAAAAGCAAUUGAGUAUCUUUGUGGAAAACGGGGUAUAAAACGCAAGGAAAUUGAUGAAGCAGAUAUAAUCGAAAUAAACGGGGAAGACAUAAAACCAGAUGAACGAGAAUGGUUGGUAAAGGCAUUAACGGAAGAAUCUGUACACAGACCGGUAUCUAUGCAGAGUGGUGGGAUAAAUUCUCAAUCCAAGAAGAAACAUCAGAUAACUUAUCUAGCACAUCAAGCUAAAGCCAUGGAAUUGGAACUCAAAAAUCAGUGGUCUCAGAAUAGGAUGGCACGAAAACAAACAAAAUCGAAAUACGGUUUCUAAAUGCAGAUUUAUACAAGUUUUUUUUUUAAUAUUAUACACAUAUA